UCAUCCUAAUCUCAAAUAGGUCAGUAGAGUUAUUUUUUUUCUUUUCAUUAUUUUAGUUGUUUUGAUUUGUAGACACAGACAUUGUUUAGACACUGGCCUCUUGAUUGGUCCUUGUGUUUAUUUUUGAGCCAAUCAGAGUCCACUAUUAGGUUUACUACGACGCGAAAUGACUGCUGAAGCGCAACCGACAACUUUUUCUUGUCCGAACUCUUCCUUGUUCGAAUGAAAUAUCUUUUGUUAUAUCACCUGUUAUUUUCCUUUUUAAUGGAAGAAGAAAGGAAAAGCGCUCUGUUUAAACCAAGACAAUAAGGAAACGCUACGGAGGACCAUCAAUCUCGUCGCCCACUUGGAAAUUAACAAAUCCCUGGGAAUUAAAUCAUUGCAGCGAAUAACUAUAGACCCUGGCCCAGUAAAUAUGAUUUUGUUGGUGAUUUACCGGCUUUUUUGCGAAGGGGAAGUUGUAUUAGGCUAGGGGGCUACAUUUGCAUUCAUUUUACUUCAUUUAUUGUGCAGUUCAAGAAAUUCCGCAAGAUUGGACUGUGGACUGAGGGGCUUUAGCACCUGAACAAAUCUAUCUAUACAUGUCCUCAUCAUGAUAUACUGAUUGUUCACGAAAUAACUUUUGCUGGGUAUAAGAAUGGCGGGGAUUCUGAAGAUGCUCGCCUUGUGUGCAGCGCUACCAUGGUUCACGGGGCCAGCGUGCGCUCAGACUCCGGAAGUGGUCUGCCUGGGCACGAAGAACGGCCUGAGUAUGACGGGCUCCACUGAAGAGCAGUACAAACGCCUCAAGGAAAUGUACACCGGUUGCGAGAUCGUCAUGGGCAACCUGGAGAUCACUCACAUGGAACACACUCGCAACCUCUCCUUUUUCCAGUCUAUCAGGGAGGUGACUGGGUACGUGCUGAUUGCCCUGAACCAGCUCAACCGGCUGCCUCUGGACCACCUACGUGUAAUCAGAGGGACUUCUCUGUACGAAAGCAAAUACGCCCUGGCUUUGCUGGUGAACUACCAGAAGGACGGGGUUUAUGGCCUGAAGGAACUGGGGCUAACACACCUCACUGAGAUUCUGAAUGGUGGCGUUCAGAUAAUCCAGAAUCAGUUCCUGAGCUAUGCACCAGAGGUGAACUGGCAGGACAUAGUGAGUGGGGCUGAGGUCACAAUCAAGGAGAAUGGCCCUCAAAUGCCAUGUCACCAGUCAUGUGAGGGGCCGUGCUGGGGCCCUGGGAAUGACUCCUGCCAGAUUUUGACUAAGACGGUGUGUGCGCCUCAGUGUAAUGGCCGCUGCUUCAGCCCCAGCCCCAGUGCCUGCUGUCACAUGGAGUGUGCCGGAGGAUGCUCAGGCCCCCUGGACACAGACUGCUUUGCUUGCCGAAACUUCAACAACUCUGGCUCCUGCGUCUCCCAGUGUCCCCAGGCGUUCAUCUACAACAAAGAGAAAUACAAGAUGGAGGCCAACCCCAACGCCAAGUAUCAAUAUGGCUCCAUCUGUGUCUCUCAGUGCCCCACAAACUUCCUGGUUGAUGGUAGUUCUUGUGUGAGCCGUUGUCCUCCAGACAAAACAGAGGUGGAGAAGGAGGGAAUGAAGAGGUGUGAGCCCUGUGAGGGCCUCUGUCCAAAAGCUUGUAUGGGCACUGGUGGUUCUGAGGCUCGCCAAACAGUGGAUGCCCAGAACAUUGACAGCUUUAUAAACUGUACAAAGAUCCAGGGCAGCCUGCACUUCCUGGUCACAGGCAUUGAGGGUGACCCAUAUAAGAAAAUCCCUCCUCUUGAUCCAAACAAGCUGAAAGUCUUCAGCACCGUCAGAGAGAUCACAGAUAUCCUGAGUGUGCAGUCAUGGCCUAAAGAGAUGCACGAUCUGUCAGUGUUCUCCAAUCUGGAGACCAUACAGGGCCGGACCCUCUUCAGAGGAGCAAGCUCAAAAAGGGGUUACGCCCUGCUGGUGAUGAAGAUUCCCUCGCUGACGUCGCUGGGGCUGCGGUCCCUGCGUCAGAUCAAUGAUGGCAGCGUGUACAUCACGGGGAACAAGCAGCUGUGCUUCUACGACACCAUCAUCUGGAGCCGCCUCUUCAGUGGCCACCGCAGCCAGAUCAGAAAAAGGCAGAAGAACCUGGACAUCAAGGAGAACCGGCCCGAAGAGCAGUGUGCUGCUGAUGGGUAUGUGUGUGACCCCCUGUGCUCGUCUGAGGGCUGUUGGGGCCCGGGGCCCGAUCAGUGUUUGUCCUGUCAGAACUUCAGCAGAGGGGGAGUGUGUGUGGAUGAGUGUAGGUCCCUCUUUGGAGAGGGCCGUGAGUUUGUUGGACUAAAUGGGGAGUGUAUGCCGUGCCAUUCUCAGUGUCAAGUUCAGGAAGGACAGCCCACAUGCACUGGCCUGGGAGCUGAUAAGUGUGAAGUGUGCGCCAGCCUGAAGGACGGUCCACACUGUGUGUCGAUAUGCCCCAAGGGAGUGAUGGGGGAUAAGGGCCUAAUCUUUAAAUACCCCAGCACCCAGAGGAGCUGUGAGCCCUGCCAUCACAACUGCACCCAGGGAUGCACAGGGCCUAAACUGAAACAUUGUCUACGAUCGGUAUCUAACCUACCAGUGACGGGUAUAGUGCUGGGUGUUAUAGCAGCUGUGGUGGUGGCCUUGUCAGUCUUUGUUAUGGUCAUGAUUUAUCGUCGCAACCUUUCCAUCCGACGCAAGCGGGCCAUGAGGAGAUACCUUGCGAGAGGAGAGAGCUUCGACCCAUUGGAACCUGGGGAGAAAGGUGCUACGGUUCAUGCUCGUGUGCUAAAACCAUCAGAGCUACGGAAGAUCAAACUGCUGGGCACUGGGGUGUUUGGCACAGUACAUAAGGGGAUAUGGAUACCAGAGGGCGACACAGUGAAGCUCCCGGUAGCCAUAAAGACUAUUAAUGACCGAAAUGGCAGACAGAGUUUCCAUGAGGUCACAGAUCACAUGCUGGCAAUCGGUAGCCUGGACCACCCUUACAUUGUGAGGCUUUUAGGCAUCUGUCCAGGUGCCAGUCUGCAACUGGUUACUCAGCUCAGUCCCCAGGGGUCUUUACUGGAACACAUUAGGCAGAGACGGGACAGCCUGAACCCACAAAGAUUGCUCAACUGGUGUGUGCAGAUUGCCAAGGGCAUGUAUUACCUUGAGGAGAAACGCAUGGUUCACCGAAAUUUGGCAGCCCGGAAUGUUCUGCUAAAGAGUGAUUACCAGGUCCAGAUUGCCGAUUAUGGCUUAGCAGACCUGUUGUUUCCAGACGAUAAAAAGUAUGUCUACAACGAGGCCAAGACACCUAUCAAAUGGAUGGCCUUAGAGAGUAUCUUAUUCCGCCGCUACACUCAUCAAAGUGAUGUCUGGAGCUAUGGUGUGACUGUGUGGGAAAUGAUGUCAUAUGGGGCCGAGCCAUAUGCAUCGAUGCGACCACAGGAGGUACCAGACCUUCUGGAAAAGGGGGAACGUCUGACCCAGCCCCAAAUCUGCACCAUAGAGGUCUACAUGGUCAUGGUCAAAUGCUGGAUGAUAGAUGAGAAUGUGCGACCCACCUUCAAAGAACUAGCCAAUGACUUCACACGCAUGGCAAGAGAUCCUGCUCGUUACCUGGUCAUUAAGGGGGAUCAUCAUUUGCCCGAUUCUGCGCCUGAUGAGCCCUUCCAGGGAGGGACAGAGCUGGAUGUCCUCAGGGUUAGACGGGAUGAUCAGGAGGAGGAGAUCAUAGAUGAUGAGAGAGUUCCAACUUCCCUGUACUUGUCAGCGUCCAGGAGCCAGUCCCGUUCUCUUCUUCGGGCAGAGAGCAUCAGGGCCGGUUCAAGCCCUCCUGGUUAUCUACAAAUGACCCCUGGUGGAGAUAGUCAUAGCCAGGCAGCAUGGGCAUCCCGCGCUCGCCUGAACUCUGCCCGCACGGUGUCCGAGUCCUCAGAGGGGCGAGGCACCAUGGUUGAGGUGGAGGUGGAGAUGACCGAGGACUUUCCAUUCCACGGCAGUCUGAGGAGGGCGCGUCAUCGUGAAGACAGUGCCUACAUGUCACAGAGAGACAGCCUAUCAGGACUGCAGGACACGCCCAUCCCUGACACACCCUCUCCAAAGACAGAUGGGGAGGAGGACCAAAAUGAAUAUGUCCUGCCUGGGCACCUGCAUAGCCCUGAGAGAGACACCCUACUUUCAUCCAGGGAGGAGUACGAAUACAUGAACAAACCGAGCUUCUCUGCCAGGCCAAAUCGGGAACGCCGCCGCCGGCUUCCAUCUGACAGUAGCUACAGGUCACCAGGCUCCCGCCAUACAGCCAAAAGGUCAUCCAUUGAGGGUUCGGAGAGCAGCGGGGCAGUGUCCCAGUUCUCCACGGACGACCAGAGUCGAAGUGAGGACGAGGAACUCCGAGACGGCGGAUUCCUGAACUAUGAAGGCGAGUACGUGGACCCAGAGGAGGAGCAGCAGGCAGCAGAAUACGAGUACAUGGACGUGCGGAAUGUCGGCAAACCAGAGGCAAACACGGGCCCAACUGGCCCCCUUAAAUUUGACUUCCCAAACGCAGGGGCCAGGGUGGAACUCACGCCAACCAUUGAAACAGACUGGUUAGAGGAUGAUGGCGAUGACGAAUAUGUAGAGGAGGACUACCAGUACAUGAACAGGCAGACAAAGCUGAAAGGGAAGCUGGCGGGAAAAGCGGGGUUGGCCUCAAAGGGGUUGAGGGGGGGCAAAGGGGAUGCGUGUGAAUACGAGGAGAUGGAGCGUCUUAGCGUUGGUGCCGCAGCUGGAGCAGGAGAACCUGUGGAGUACCAGAACAUCCAGAGUGAGGAGGAUGAAGGUGGAGCGACACCCACGGCUGAGGAAGAGCCAGAACCUUGUCAACUCGCAGGAGUUGGCCCAUUGGUUAAAGUGCGGGCAGGAGUUGGGGUCGGGGAGCAGGGGGGAGAUCAGUCCUUUGACAACCCAGACUACUGGCACAGCAGACAGUUCAACAAAGCCAGCCCUGUGCGUACAUAGAUGAAGAUGUGAACAAGAGACAGAAGAGUGUACCAUGUCUUUGUGAUUAUGUACUUACAGGCAUACGGUUGAUAUGCGUGUGUGUGUGUGUGUUUGUGUGUGUGUGAGUUUGUGUGUGUGUGUGUGUGUGUGAGGGGGGGGGUAUGUGUGUGUGUUAGAGAGAGAGAGAGAGAGAAUAGCUUAAAAGGGAAAACAAAGAUCAAAAGAAAACUCUUCAAACAAAGUUUACAAAAAUAUAUAUUUUUUAACUUGGCACAAACCGUGAUUCUUUCAUAAAAAAGAGUAGAAUUUAUAUAGACAAAUGAAUUGUCAAGUCAUGCCACACUGAGCCUGAAAUAAAAGCAAUCUACCUACACAACCUGGUGUGGGAAGAGCCAUAGACAAGACAUUGAGACAAGAGUAGAUGGUGCCCAGAUGGUGAGUGUAUGUUUUGUUUGAGUCUGAAGAAAGUGCCACAGUCAUUUGGGAAGAGCUAUAAAUAUUGUUGUAUGUACAAUCUAUAUGUAAUGUAUUAUGCAGGCAAAAGUAGCAAUCAGUCAAUUUAGCACCACCUUUAGGAUAGUGCAAUCAAUUAACCUCUCAGGUUCAUACAGCUUCAAUCAGUCUAUGUUUACAAUGUCUACUAUCUGCAAACUGUGGUACAUGUUAGUUAGUUAAAAUCAUCUCACACUUGGGAAAUAUUUGGAUUAUCCAAUGACAAGGGCUACAAUUCAUCAAAUGAACCAUAUAAUGCAAACCUUUGUUUUUCAUUCAUAACUGUUCAUUUUCACAGUGAGGUAUAAGGACAGAUGAUGUAUAUUAUCUUCCUAUGUCAAUAAUGAUUCAGGGUAUCUGUUACUUUAUACUCAUCUAUGAUGCUUCCUGUAUUGGAAUUUUUUUUUUUUUUUUUACAUUUUGAGUGUAUUUCCUUGUAAAGCACAGUUUGUAGCCUAUAAAAUGGCCAGCUAACAAGCUAACAAUUUUGCUCACUUAUCAAGACAGAUGGUGUAUUUUUCUGUACUAUAAUAGUAUCACUCAUUGGUGGAUCUCAGUGUUUUAUUUCUUUUUAAAUAAACAAUCAAAUAAAUGUA